AUGAGUACACUCCCCCCGGAGGCAGAAGGCUGUGCCGAGGUUGACGCGGUCCUGAAGAAGAUUGUUCCUGAUGAGGAUCGACGCCCGACCAUUUUCUUCUACGACACGGCCUACCUCUUUGAUCGCUACCUGAGUCGGCGAGGAGAUCUGUCGUGGGUUGCGACCAUGCUCAUCGUUCAAUACUGGGGCCGCAAAGGGCUAUUGUGCUCUUUAUUCAAUUCGCCAAACGACGACGACAACCCUCUACUUUGGAACGUGCAAGAAGCCCCACCAGAAUUCUACUGGAACUCCUCUAUGGGAGAGUCGAACAACGGGUGGCUCAGCGGCAGCCCACGCGAGACGGAGGAGGAGGAGGGUCACACGGCGCGGUGGUGGACGGGGGCGCCGUGGGGGGUGCGGUUGGAAUCCCAGGGGGAACCGGGAGGGGUUACGCCGCAGGGAACCUACCCGAGACUGUGGGCCCUGGCGCUCGGGACAGCGGCGGCGUCAGCGGUGGAGUAGCGGGCGGCACAACACCUGAGCCUGUUGAUCGCGGGAAAAGUACUCGGUCCGCGAGAGCUGGAGUAUUGCAUUCAUGGCGAUUCUGGUGAAUGCCGACUUGUCGCAGAGGAGCAACACCGCGCAAUACUGCUGUGUGUUUGGAAGAGGGCUAACAACAGCGCGGCGUUGCCGCGAAACACUUCAGUUCUGGUUGAUUCGUGAGUGAUUUCCUGAGUGAUCUUGCCUGUGACGAAUGAUACCGAAAGUUUAUGAAGGGGAUUCGCAGUUCAGCGUUUCUAUUUCUGAUUUGGUGUUGGUAGAGCGCCUGUAGUUUCGUUUACGAUGACACGGCCAUUGAUGUUUUCGAAAGGGGAUUCGCAGUUCGGGCGUUUCCAUUCUUUAGUGUGUGUGUUUUGUUGAGCAACAACUGUAGUUCGUCUUCAUCCGAUGAUAUAUUCGAGCUUUUUUGGCGGUCUUAUGCUCGGAGGAUAAGCUAGGUGAGCGUGAGGCCUUGAAAGGUAGACAACCCACUAUACCCAGCCCCAACACUCCACGCCCCCAGAUGUAGGGGGGGCGACUUGAGUUCUUGAAACCUGUGCUUUCCAGAUGAAGGGGAAGGCACUGACACUGACACGCACUCCCAGAUGUAGAGGGGGUAGCGAAAACAUUCGUAGAUGUGCUCUCCAGAUGUACGGGAGGGUACUAAGACGCGCCCCCAGAUUUAAGGAGGGUAGCGCAA